AUGACCCAUUGUGUGCACCUGCUGCAGAACACUCGUCCUCACAGGGCACCCAUCAGAGUGGCUAAUGGACUUGUGGUCUAUUCAGAGCUUGUGGGGGAGAUAGUGCUUAGGCCACUGAUUCAUGGACAUGCCAGGAGCCGGUCUGUGAUCCUCUCCAAUGUGCUCUAUGUCCCUGCUCUGUCUCACAAUCUGAUCUCCACUACAUACCUGUCAGUUCACCAUGACUACACUGUGCUUAUGAAGGAGAACUACAUCCUGUUCAAGCGCAAUGGUGAAGUGUACUUUGUGGCAGACAUCUCAGAGCAGGGUCAGGCAUUUGUGAGAGAGACUGGUUUGUUGAAGCAGGAAAUGCAGAGAGGACUGGAGUCAACAGUAAGAAGCUCUGCAUUGCAAGACAAGACAAGAAAAGAAUCUACAGACCUGGAGUCAACAGUAAGAAGCUGA